CUGAAAUUGCUUCUCAAGCGCGGCAAAAUUAGUUAUGGCGGAUUUCACUGUUUACCAUGGAAGUGGGAAAGGCUCUGAAGAUGUGCCUAACAAGCGAUAUAACCAGUUCCGUGAUACCUGGAAAAUUUUAAGUUCCCGUAUUGAAGUUCAAACAAGAUGUCUUACAACGAACGUCUUUACUGAAGUUUAUAAAUAUAUUGAAGAUUCACAUAAUUCUUGGUUAACUUCUCAUCAUUCUGAAGCGCAAUGCACUCACAACAUUGAUCAAAUCCCUACAGCUGUUUUAUUAGCUGGUGUUAACACCCCAGAUCAUUCAGUCAUUUACGGUCAUCUUAAAAAUCUAGUGUUGGAAAAUCAUGGGCAUGUUGCUAUCAUUAGUCCUGGCGCAAAUGUGACUAGUGUACGCAGUCUCGUCAACUUAGUAGUGCAACAGUUAUCAAAUGACUCCUCUCAAGGUACUUGGUGUGAGAAGGAUAGCGAUGAUGAUCAUGAAGAGCUUCCAGGAAUAUCCUCAACCUCCUCGUUGAAAAAUUUUACUCCGUCUACGCGUUCUUCGUAUUUGGCUUUAAUAGAAUGGUAUUACUCAAGAAUUCAACAGUGUACUGAUACUAAUGUGUUUGGAUCGCCUAAAUUCAAAACACCAGCACCACCUACAACACCUCGUGGUGGUGGUGGUGGUAGUAGUGGUCGUACACCGCGUAGUGUCAGUCAACCUAGACUACUCUCCACCAAAUUACAACAGCCGUAUCCUGAUUCACCUAGACCUGUUACACCAAGAGGAGGAGGAAGAGGCAGAAGAAGUUCACGAUUCAGUAGUCACCGGUCUACUUCACAUGAUCUCGAUGAUAUCAAACAAAGUGACAGUGUACCAAGUACACCAGAUAUGGAAAAAAAUAUUUCUAUCCAAAGGCAAAGACCAUCAUCUCUUAAACCAUUAGUUAUUAUCCUUACAGAGAUUGAAUCUAUACCUAUCCAGGUGUUGUGUGAUUUCAUUGAAUUGACUUCAUUUUAUUUCACUGGGCGAAUAAAAGGUCGUGAAUAUGCUCUGCCGAUAAAUUUUGUUUUUGGUUUGUCUACAACACCUGAAAUGGUAUUUGAAUCAAGGAUUAAUGCAUCUACAUUGAGUCGAUUGACAAUUCGACGAUUUGCUGUUCCACCACCGACUGCAUUUCUUGAAGUUGUUAUGAAAGAGAUUAUACACUUCCCUGGUGUACAUCCUACUUACUCUAUUCUUAGUUACUUGGUUGAUGGAAUAUUUCUUUGCUUAGAUUAUUCUGUGAAGAAUUUUCUACAACGUUUAAAGUUUUGUAUAUUAGAACAUUAUCUGAAGACACCACAUCCUGAAUUGUUGUUGCUACCAUUGGAUGCUGUACGUCAAUAUCUUUCCUCAUUGGAUUCUAAAAGUCUGGCACAAAUUGUCUCUAUCGAUUAUCCUUCACUAGCGAAUUCUGUAUUGAACACAGAUGCCAAUAUUGCUGCUGCUGCUACUACUACUACUACUUCUCCAACACCACCACCAACAACAACUUCUGCCUCACCAUCAUCAUCGUCAUCAACUUGUCAAUCUCCACGUUCCCGUGAACGUAAAUCAUCACAUCAUUCUGCUAGUCGCUUAAUUGAUAAAAUUAUACAACAUUUAGAAGCACAUUUAAAACUGCAAUAUUUAGUUCCACGUGUUUUGAAUUGGUUAUUGAUUAUUCUAUCACCGGUAACUGUACGACCAUUGGGGAAAAAUAUAAGUGAUUUAUAUCGUUUAUGGUUAAAGAAUGGUUUAACUCAAUCAGAAGAAUUCACUAUGACAAUGAAUCUUUUUAAUGGUAUAUCGAAAGAAGCCUUUGUCAAUGCUAUCCAUGAAGCAUAUGCCUACUUGUUGAAUGAAUCCACUUCUGGUUGUUCUACACCUUCUACGUCUACAAAGAACACUUCGUUAUGGUCAUCAGCAUUAGCAUCGAUUGAAUCAGAUGGCAGGGCAUGCUUGAAUAAUUUAACUCAUGAUACUCUUCAAUGGCAUAAUAAAUUGUCAGUAGCGAGUCAAGAACCAAUGAACAAGCCACAACAACAACAACAAUCGCAACUGCAACAACAGUCCAAUGAAUCUGAAUCAUCUACCCCUCAGUCAACUAAAUCAUUCAGUGGUUUCAAUACAAAACGUAAAAUAAGCUUACGUAAUUUACGUCAGCACCUUCAAGAAUAUGCCGCUGCAUCGCCUAGUCGUUCCAACAUCACAACAACACCAACACCGACAACUACAUCGAGUUCAUAUAAUAAAACAGAAUGGGAUAUAACACGUAAAGAAUUUCUUCAAUGGAUCCAAGCAAAAAUCAACGAAUUAAUUCCGAUAAUGAAUAAAUUACCCUUACAUGAAGUAUUCUAUGGUCCAUUAUCCUAUGACACUAGCACUAGCACUAGCAGUAGUAGCAAUAGUAGUAGCACUGCACUCACGAACACUACUCAUCUAUCAUCAAUCCAUUCACAAUCAUCAGCAUUCAUUAGACGUCGUCUCAAUCCCACCUAUCAACGAUGUUUACAACAAGCACUUAUUAAUCCUGCCAUCUAUUUACAGAUUCCUGAAUUGAAAUUAUCCAUGUCACAGAGUACUUCAUCAAAAUUAUUCGAUUUAUGUAUUUUAUACAAAUUGUUAAUUGAAACAUCAACAAUGGUCAACUUGUACGACUGGCUAAUGGCAUUUGCAACGGUACUAGGUGAAUCGGUUGAUUUGGGAAAUCCACCAUCUCAGGAGAUUCAAUGUCGUUUCUUACAAGGAUUAGCAGAAUUACAAUUUCUCGGGUGUAUUAAAUCAACCCAUCGAAAAGUUGAUCAUGUUAUGCGGUUAACAUGGAUAUCAAAUUUAAUUGAAACAUAAUUUGAAAAGAAGGCCUCCUCGUACUUGGUCUUGCACAUAUAUAUAUGCUUCUUAUUACAAAUUAUCACCGGAAGAUAUUUAUUUUAACCUCAAUGACAAUGUUUUAUGCUUAUAUGCACUCACUCACUCACUCACUGACUGACUCACUCGCACUCGCCUUCAUUUGGUCUCUUCAGGUUACGUAAUGCUACCUUAUAUAAAGUCAUUCUGGUAAUUUCCAAAUUAGGUUUUUUUAUAUGUGACACGAACUGAGAUUUAUUUGUCUAUGUGUUUAUGUGAUUGUUGUAUAAAAGUAAAUGUAUUUUUAUAUAAGUUUUACAUUAUAUCGAUAGUG